AUGUCAGCCCUCGGCACCUCCUCCUCCUCCAGCGCCCCUCCUAGCAACCCGUUCGACUGCUCCUACGGGUCCGAGCCCGAUGAGCCCAAAGCCGCCGACAUCCGCAACAUCCACCUCUCCGAUCACGUCCCCAUUAUCCUCUCCCACGCCUCCGCAAACUACUAUGCUUGGAAAACCUACUUCAAUCUCCUUUUCCGUGAGUACAACCUUCGUGAUCAUGUGGACGGUCUCGCCAAUUUCUUUGCCGGCGCCCACGACGCCAACUGGCUCGCCAUUGACGCCACCCUCAUCCGGUGGUUCUUCCUCACCGUCUCUCCGGACAUCUUCCACACCGUCGUUCGUGAUGGGGACGAUGCCUACACGCAGGAAUUUUUUGGGUGCCACCAGAACGACUCCACCAUCGACGCUUUCUGUCUCCGGCUCAAGACCCUCUCCGACGAGCUCAACGACGUCGGGUUCAAGGUGGGCAACGAGCUUCUCCUCUCGACGCUCACCGCCGGCCUCAACGAGGACUUCAGCAACGCCGCCUCCAACCUCACCCUCAUGGCCAACCCUACUUACGAGCGGGCGGUGGCCUAUCUUCGCCUUGAGGAGCGGCGGAUGAAGCACCUCCGCACCCGCGCCGUCCACACCGCGCUCGCCGCCGGCUUCUCCACCGGCGCCUCUACACCACCCUCGGCGCCCCGUCCUCCGGCUGUCCCGCACCCUACGCCGCUGCCGCAGCCGCCCCAGCCUCUGUGCACCGGUGGGAACGGCGGCAACCGUCGCCGCGGUCGCGGCGGCCAACGCCAAGGCGGCGGCAAAGGGGGCGGCAGUGGCGGUCAGGCUCCCCAGCAGCAGCCCCCGCCACCCUGGGUCGGUGGCUAUAACCCCUGGACGGGGGUCGUGCACGCAUAUAGCAUGCCCGUGCCGCGGCCCCCCGCCCCGGGCAUCCUCGGCCCCCGCCCUAGCGCUCACCAGGCGCUCCUGGCUGCGCCUGCCGGCGCAUAUGGCGCGUACGGCGCCCCUCCUAUCGCGCCCCCCUUCGGCGCUCCCGACGCGUACGGCGCCCCCUACUACGACCCGGCCCUUCUAGCGGCACUGCAGCAGCCGCCGCCAUACUCAGGUGGUGGCGGCGAUUGGAUUAUGGACUCCGGCGCCACCUCCCAUAUGUCCGCUCAUCCAGGAACAGGUGGUGCCGCCUUCCUCUCCCGCGGCGGGUUCUCCUCCGCGCCGCCGCCUGCUGCUGGCCUUGGGUGCUCCGGCCACCCCGCCCGCGGCGCCCUCCUCCGGAUCGGGGCCAUCCGCGGCUCCCUCCUCCGGUUCGGCGUCUUCGUUGCCUGGAGCCGCGUCGACGUCGCCUACGUCGCCCCGCUCCUCUGCCAUGCAUGCUGGGCCGCAUGCUAG